AUCAGUCUGUAAAAAGAGAUUCAUCAUGGCGAAGCGGUGGAGUCCAUGGAAAGACAUAACCGUGGUGGUACAUUUAAGUGCUGACAGCACAGGCUGUGUGUCCUCCAUCAUCUGCCAGUACUCAUCCUUCAACUCCAGGAUCCUGGCAUCUUGAAGCUUGGUCACGGUUCGGUCCAACAGCACAGCAGCAACAGCCCACCGCUGCUCCACCAGCCGAUCAAACAUCUCGCACACGGAGUUCCACCGUGUUUUACACGGCUGGAUAAGCCGGAGCAGAGCCCUGAGAGCCAGGGGUCCUCAGGCUUCAUCACACAACCCAGAGGAGUUCCCAGGUUGCCCUGUGAUCGAGAACAAUAUGAGGCUUUUGAAACGCUGGGCAGCACACAGGCGCUGGUUGGUACUGGCUGUGGUUUUAGGUUUGCUGUGUGUGGCGAUCUUUUCUCUGCCUCGGAGAGAGACGGAGACAAGCGUGCCUGUGGACUGGCAUGUCAACCUCACACAUAAAAAGCAAGUUCAUGAGAAUGUGCGCAGAGUUCUGGAGAGUCAGUGUCGUCCCAGCAGCACCAGGCAGAGCUUGUUAGCUCGACUCCCUGCUUCAAGUCACAUGACCCAGGCCUUUCUGUGGAAGGACCUGCCGCUCCCCGACGGCAUCUUUAUGUAUCCGCCUCCCUUUGGCUUCAGAGGUCUUCAGCACAAAGUAGAAGAGCUGCUGAAGCUGCUGCCAGACUCGGAGUCUGUGCCCCUGCUGGAAAACACAUCAGAGAAAUGUCGGCGCUGUGUGGUCAUGGGAAAUGGAGGCAUUCUCAGAGGCCUGGAGCUGGGAACACUCAUCGACCGUUUUGACACCAUUAUCAGGUUGAACAGCGGCCCUCUGGGAGAGUUCAGUGUUGACGUGGGGAACCGGACCAGCAUCAGGAUGAGUUACCCAGAAGGCACCCCGCUCCACUGGAUAGACACAAACCCGCACACUAUGUUUGUAGCGGUGGUUUAUAAAAGUGUGGACCUCAACUGGAUCUCUGCUAUGAUCAGCAAGCGCUCAAUGGCUUUGUGGGACUGGCUCUUCUUCUGGCAGAAGGUUCCGGAUCAGAUCCCUCUGGGGCUGCACAGAUUCAGACUCCUGAACCCUCACGUCAUCAGAGAGAUGGCUCUGGACCUCCUGCUGUACCCUCCACCCAAAUUCCGCCUGUGGGGACAGGACCAGAAUGUGCCCACCAUGGGGGUCUCUGCACUGAACUUGGCCAGCCUGCUGUGUGACGAAGUGAGCCUGGCAGGCUUCGGCUACAACCUCUCCCAGCAGGGGGCGCCACUGCACUACUACGACAAGCUGCCAAUGAGCUUUAUGCUGCAGCAGACCACACACAAUGUGGACCGGGAGACCAAGCUCCUCCAGAACCUCGUCAAGGAGGGGGCCAUCAGCGACCUGACGGGGGGGUUACACUGCUCCUUCUGCCCCAGUUGACCACUCUGCACUAUGAAGCAUUCCACUUUUACUUUUACUGUAAAUGAACUUUUAUACUUGACACAAAAACUGAACUGGGGACUUAGAAACGUGUGAGAAGAGAGGAAGAAAAUUAUAUUUAUGUGAGGAAAACUUAAAAGAUCGGAACAAAUCUAGUCUUAUAUAUGUUAUACACAGCUCCGGAAAAAAUUAAGAGACCUCUCCAAAUGCUUCUUAAAUCUUGAUCUCUACAUGUAUGGCAGCCAUUCCAGUGUCUGUUGAAAUUCAACACAGAGAAACAUUUAAAGUAGUUUAUAGAAUACAAUAAUACAAUAAUAAUAAUAACUCAAAGCCAUGCCUAUAAAUAAUAAAACAAGAGAAACAAUUAUAAUGCUGAAGUGGUCUCUUAAUUUUUUUCGCGACAUUAAGUCAUAAAGUAUUUUAUACGGAAGCCCUGAGAGGCAGAUAAGAAAAAGUUUAUUUCAUUUUACAUAGAUGUUUUAGAAGUUCCUUAAUAAAAUACUUGUGAAAUUAAUGAAAAAAAAGGAUUUUUCAGAAUGAUCAGAUUGAGUUCCUGUUACAGGAAAUCUAUUUGUGAAACAUGUUGCUAUUUUUUUGUCAGGAUGUUUUUAAAUACUGACAAAAUGCUAUUUUUAAUUUGUUAUAUAAAAAAGGAACUUACAAAAAUGUGUCCGUCCAAACGUUUUUCCCACCAGUUUCACGGAUAAGAAAUAAAUUAACCAAAGGAUUUUCAUUUAAAAAAAACACAAUUUUUCAUAAACAAAGUAGAAUAUUUUUUUCUUAACUGUCUUUUGUGGCUUCCUUAGCUUGAAGAAUGAGGGACAUAAAAAAGAUGUAACUGUAAAUGAGAGCCUACUGGGCUUAACAUGUCUUUCAGGAUUUGAAUUUCUCAAAUAUGUAGCCAUAUGACCCGUAGACUUUAAACCCACUAUUAAUAAUGAUUUAAAGUCUCCUGGCUAAAACUUAAAGCUGGCAUCAAAUUGUGAACUUUAGUCAACAUCAGCAUUUCUGAAGUUCAUUUCUCCAUUAAAUGUAUUUCAGAUAUUUUCUAAACAUCAAUCAUGGGGCUUCUUUUGAUACCCUUAUUGCAUAGACAACUCGCUCACAUUUGAAAUUAGGAAUGUUUAAAUGUGUAUUAUUAUUAUUGUCUUAUUUUUCUUGUAAUAGUUCUCUGAGAUAAAAUAUGAUACCAAUAUGGUACCUUUCAUUGUUUAGGAGUUACAUUGUAUUAUUUGUUUACAACUGAACACGUAUAUCUGUAUUUACCAUUACAGAAGGUAGUAAAAAUAAAAAAAUGGUUUCAAAUAGACAUUUGAAAAGCAUGGCUUAUAUAUGUCUUUAGUUUUGGUUUUAAAGAUUUUGAAAAAAUGUGACAUAAUUACUAUAUUUAUCAGAACAUAUUCAACAUUCCACUGCAAAUGAGCAGCAUUACAAUUCCUUUGUUGUUUCUGUCUCUAUUAAGAGGUUUUAUUUUUUAUCCUGCAUCUUAAUUUUAUUGUACUAAUUUGUGCACAAAUUCGUUUAUUUUCCUCAUUUGUUUGUUAUGUAUUUAUUUCACUUAAUUGUUGUGUACAUGCCUUUAUUCUUUUAGCUUAAAAAAAUCCACAUCUCUUUUAUUUAAUGUGUCACUACCUCUUAUUUUUACAGUCAAUGGUCACUACACUGUUCUUACUUUGUCUCAUUUUGAAAGACCUCGUCAUUUUUUUAUGUCUUCAUUUACAUAUGUAAUAGACAUAUCUCAUAUAGCUCAAAUCUGGAAGGCUUAAUGAAAAAGAAUAAAGCGUAAAUAUUAAAAACGUCUAAUUAUGUCAAUUUCACUGUACAUUUUCACAUGUAGUUCUUUUUCUACAACCUUUUUUUUCUCUUUUCUUAAUUUAUUGGUCUGUUGUUACACCCUAGUAAUAAACAUCUGGUGUUAAUUCAUAA